ACAGCGAGAUGGACGGAUAUGGCACACUAGCGUGGUGCCGCCUCGUCCUCCUGUGCUCUUUCCAAGCCGCCCUUGCUGCGGGUCUUCCUCGGGAACAAGGGUCUCAGUGUCCAGUAUUUUCCCCGGGACAUGACUUGGGUGGACGCUUUCCGCUGUACGUUGGAAUAUUCCCGGAGGAAGAAAACUGGAAAUGGGAGAUGGAAUUUAAGAACAAUGAGAGCAAGACAUUCCUCCGUUUCGACCUGCAGAGUGGAAAUGAAAAAAUAACGGCUCAGUUAACAUCAGGGCUUUACAGCGAGAUUCAGUCUUCGGAAGUGAAGUGGAGCGAAGACGCCUUCCCUUUGCGCGAGUGGUCUUACCUCGCCGUCUACGCUGACGGAGACCAUGUCGUAGUGCCCCAGAGGCAAGACGCCGGCGCUGCUGCUGUGAGGCUUAGUCUUGAUAAACCCGCAUCCACGUGGUUCAGGAUUGCCUCUAAUGGAAACGUAACCCUCAACUGCAUGGAUGGACAUGACAUAACCUCUGUUUCUGAGCUUCUACAAGUGUCUGAGGACAAGACCUACUGCCUUCAGGCCGCCGGUCCACCUGUCUCUCUGCCAGAUGGCAAUACGCCUUUGACAGUGACGAACGCGACUUGGCAUCCUAUUCAAGGGCAGACGGCAAAUUACUCCGUGAGUGGCGUGAUCUUUGUCAUGGAAAAUUGCUCGGCAAAUGCUUUCAUGUCAACAACUCUCACUACUGGAAUUUCCACGACGACGAGCGAAGAAGCAACGACCACUCCAACGACCGAUUUGACGAGUCCGACGACCCACCAGGCAGAGCAGUCCGAAUCCUCGCUCCUCCCCACGACUCCCUCUCGCCCCCAGGACGCCGAAAGGCCCAGCUAUUUGACGAGUCCGACGACCCACCAGCCAGAGCAGUCCGAAUCCUCGUUCCUCCCCACGACUCCCUCUCGCCCCCAGGACGCCGAAACCGAAGGGCCCAGCUAUACCAGUCGCUUCAGCUCCACUCCAACGCUGAACGCAGACAACGCGGGGACUUCCACGCCAGGCGAAAAGCGUACCGAGCCCUUAUCGAAAGAACACUCCCAAGGACCUUCGACAGGCGCCGUGGCAGCCGUGGUCAUCACCUCCAUCAUUCUGCUGCUGACGGUGACAUUCCUCAUCAAGAAAGGUUUUCAUCGCGAGGUCAUCAUGCUGUGGCACAAUGCAUUCCCCCGCGAGGAAGAGCCUGUGCAAAUUCUCACUCUGCAGAAGGGAAGUUCUCCCAAACAGAAGGAGAAUAAUGAGUAGGCGCUGAUUACCUGAUUGUUGCAUAGCGACUGUCUAUUCUUGCUUGAAGACUAGUAUGAUUGAAUUGCUCCUGUUUCUGUUGUACAGGUCACAGAUAGACAGACAGAGGCAUAAACAAUUAGAGAAAUCAUUUCCAAACACAAGAACCUCCGGAAUCAAGAGAGGACCUUCUUCAGCAGCGCCACCUGGUGAAGGUCUUUACACUUUGCCUAAACAGAAGAAAUUCCUUCAGCGUCUAAAGGAGAAGUGGAAGAAGAAGAAGGAGAAGAAGAAGAAGAAGAAGACACGUACGAAUCCUGUAUAUAUAUUUUUUCUUUUCUUUUCUUUUCUUUUCUUUUUCUUUCUUCUUCUUUUUUUUUCUUUCUUUUUUUGUGAAGAAGAGAUGUGUGAUGUAAAAAAUCAGUGUGAUUUAUAAGUACAAUCUGUUCCAUAA